AUGACUCUUCUUGGUCCCCCCGGACUCUACAACAAAACCCGAAACCAACCCCAACCUAAACCCAUAGCCAGCGAUCCUUUCAUGGACCUCAUGGUUAAGAACUUCAACAACACCGUUAACUAUAAACCCAAAACAGGCUACACAGAGAACAACUCUGCAACUUUUCUCUCAAGCGGUAACCCAUGCCUUGAUUUCUUCUUCCAUGUUGUACCUGAUACCCCAGCAGAAUCUUUGAUUCAAAGGCUCAUAUUGGCUUGGACCCACAACCCCUUGACCACACUCAAACUCAUCUAUAAUCUCCGAGGAGUACGUGGUACUGGAAAGUCUGAUAAAGAAGGGUUUUACACGGCGGCGUUUUGGCUACACAAAGACCACCCUAAGACAUUGGCAUGUAAUAUUGGGUCUCUUUCUGAUUUUGGUUACAUGAAAGACUUGCCUGAGAUUUUGUAUAGGCUUUUAGAAGGUUCUGAUGUGAGAAAGAAUCAAAGAGAAGAGUGGAAACACAGAAAAACUGGGAAAAAGAGUAGUAGAAGUUUAAGUAAAGGAAUGCGUUUAAGGCCUGGAAGUAGUAAAAAACAUUCGAAUAAAAGAAAGAGAGCCCGUGUGGUGAAAGAGAUUAGGAUCUUGAAUGAGAUGGAGAGGGCUCGGAUUGAAAAGGAAAAAGCAAGUGAAGCGAGGCAUUCCAAAUAUGCAGAUAUGGCCAAGAAAGUUCUUAAAAAAUACAAGAAUGACUCGGAUUUUAAGUUCUUAUAUGAUCGCGUUUCGGAGUUUUUUGCUGAGUGUUUGAAGGCUGACAUGGAAUUCUUAAAGGCUGAAGAGUUUACGAAGAUUAGUUUAGCAGCGAAGUGGUGUCCUUCGCUUGAUUCUUCAUUUGAUAGGUCGACUUUGCUUUGCGAAAGCAUUGCAAGGAGGAUUUUUCCUCGCGAGUCUUACAUCGAAUACCAAGGUGUGGAAGAGGCUCAUUAUGUGUACAGAGUUCGAGAUAGGUUGAGAAAGCAAGUUUUAGUGCCUUUAAGGAAGAUUUUGGAGUUGCCCGAGGUUUAUAUUGGUGCAAGUAGGUGGGAUGGAAUAAAGUACAAUAGGGUCGCUUCAGUGGCGAUGAAGUUUUAUAAAGAGAAGUUCUUGAAGUAUGAUAAAGAUCGAUUUGAGAAAUAUUUGGAAGAUGUGAAGGCUGGGAAAUCAACAAUCGCAGCCGGGGCAUUACUUCCACAUGAGAUCAUAAAGUCUUUAAAUGACAACGAUGGUGGGCAAGUGGAAGAGCUACAAUGGAAGAGAAUGGUGGAUGAUUUGUUAAAGAAGGGCAAGUUGAAGAAUUGCCUUGCCAUUUGUGAUGUCUCUGGAAGUAUGGAAGGUGUGCCAAUGGAAGUUUCUGUUGCAUUGGGAGUGUUGGUUUCGGAACUUAGUGAAGAGCCAUGGAAAGGGAAGCUUAUUACGUUUAGUAAAAAACCUAAGCUUUAUUUGAUUCCAGGCAAUGAUCUUGUAUCGAAGACGAGUUUCGUGAGGAGAAUGGAGUGGGGAAUGAACACAGAUUUUCAGAAGGUGUUUGACCUUAUUUUGGAAGUGGCUGUGAAUGGGAAGUUGAAAGAGGAUCAGAUGGUAAAGAGGUUGUUUGUGUUUAGUGACAUGGAGUUCGAUAAAGCUUCGCGGAAUAAUUGGGAGACUGAUUAUGAAGCUAUACAGAGGAAGUUUAGGAAGAAAGGGUACGGGUCUGCGAUACCGGAGAUUGUGUUUUGGAACUUGAGGGAUUCGAGUGCCACACCAGUACCAGGGACGCAGAAUGGGGUAGCAUUGGUGAGUGGGUAUUCAAAGAAUUUGAUGAAGUUGUUUUUGGAUAAUGAUGGGGCUAUGAACCCAGAGCUUAUCAUGGAAGCUGCUAUCUCUGGAGAAGAGUAUCAGAAACUUGUUGUGCUGGAUUGA